AUGGGUCGUCUUGAUUCGGAGGCGCCGACGUCGAGCAUCAUCGCCGCGGGGCUGACUGCUCUCCACGACCACGCCCACGGACACGGGGGAGGCGCGGCGGCGCCGACGAGUGCAGGCUCGGCCUUCGACACCAACGUGGUGAUCAUCCUUGCCGCGCUCUUCUUCGCGCUGCUCUUCGCCAUCGGGCUCAACUCGCUGGCGCGGUGCGCGCUGCGGCACGUGGGCCGCGGAGCCGCGGUCGCCGCCGGCGAGGGCGGGGCGACGGCUCGGGCGGCCUUCAACGGCAGCGGCAUCAAGAGGCGCGUGCUGAGGAGCCUCCCCGUGGAAGUGUACGGAUCCGGGGAGGUCAUCGACGACGUGUGCGCCAUAUGCCUCGGCGAGUUCGUCGACGGCGAGAAGGUGCGCGUGCUGCCGGAGUGCUGCCACGGGUUCCACGUCCGGUGCGUCGACGCAUGGCUGGUGUCCCACAGCUCGUGUCCGACGUGCAGGCGGCCGGUGAUCGAGGACUCUCUCGCGAAGGGCGGCGAAGCCAAUGCCGCCGUAGAGAACAACACGAUCACAGUGGUCAUCGUUUGA